AUGUGUAAUGGUGAAUUUUUUCAUAUCCGGUGUUCAGCCCAUGUACUCAACUUAAUUGUCCAAGAGGGUUUAAAAAUUGCUAGUGAAGCCCUCCAUAAAAUUAGAGAGAGUGUCAAGUAUAUUAAAGGAUCUGAUGGAAGGAUGCUUAAGUUUAAAGAUUGUGUCGAGGAUGCAGGGAUAAAUGUUGGCGGUGGUUUAAGAUAUGACGUGUCGACUAGAUGGAAUAGCACUUAUUUGAUGCUCGAAAGUGCCUUACAAUAUAGAAAAGCUUUUGAGUUUUAUAAGGUGGCAGAUAGAAGCUAUAAAUACUGUCCAUCUGAGGAGGAAUGGGAAAGGGGAGAAAGAAUUUGUGAGUUCUUAGAACCGUUUUACGAUAUCACUAAUUUGAUUUCUGGUUCAUCUUAUCCAACAGCAAAUUUGUAUUUCAUGCAAGUGUGGAAAGUACAAUGCAUUUUAGAAAAACAUCAAAAAAGUAUUGAUAAGGUGAUAAAGGAUAUGUCUGAUAAGAUGAAAGUUAAAUUUGACAAAUAUUGGAAAAAUUAUAGUGUCGUGCUGGCAUUUGGAGCAAUUCUUGAUCCCCGCUUGAAGGAGAAGUUUUUGAAGUUUUGCUAUAGUACACUUGAUGCAUCAACAUCUAAAGAGAAACUUGAGAAGGUGAUGGAUAAAUUCAAAGGGCUUUAUGAAGAGUAUGUGAGUUGUUCAACCAAUCAAAUUGUUUCUCUUUCUCAAUCAUCUUACGAGUUCAACUCAUUGGCUAAAUUACCUAGAGAUGGGAAUAAAGCUAAAAAGUCAAAGAUUAUAAGUGUAAGUUUUCUUCUAACUCCUCUUGUUCAAAUGCAUUUUCUUCAUAAUAAUUGA